ACUUGGAGCAAGCAACACCAGGACCAGCUGUUAGCGAACCCAGCAGUGCAGCCUCAACCCGCUAGUUGGAGCAACGAGUUGACAAUGUAGUCGCAAUGCUCGGCGACAUCAGCACCUUCGCCGCACCAACCACCACCAGUGAGCAGCUCGGCACCUUGAAAACCGAGCUCAGGCAGCUACACCAGCCGCCCGACAACGAUGGCAACACCAAUGCAUCGCGGCCAUAUAAGAUGCCGACUUUCCGGAUGGAGAAGUUUGACGACUAUACGCAUCAGUAUCCAGCCGUCUGGUGGCAAGGCUUUUCAAUGGAAAUUGGGAUUCAUGAGGUCUCCAAUCACUUGUACAUCUCAGCGAUGUUCCUAAACGCCAAGGGCGGAUGCCAGAUCUGGAUCAGCCACAUGGCAACCAUCCACGGCGUCCAAGUCUCCGAUCUGCACAAGAAGAUCUCCUGGGACGAGAUGAAGAGGGAAUGGAAAAAGCCGUUCAUUGUCGACGACGCCUCGAUGCUAGCCAUUAACCGCUUCUUCAGCAUGACUCAGGGCAACACAUCGACACGCGACUGGUUCACGAAAUGGCAAAAGAUCGUCGCAACACCCGAUCUUGCCUUGCCAUUUUCGCAUCUGCGCCGGAAGUUCUACAAUCGGUCGUGUGCCGCCUUGAGCCUCGCACUUGGUGAUCAAGAACAGUACACGACCUUCGUUGAAAUCAUCGACAAGGUGCAUGAGAUCAUCAAGACCAACCGGGUUGCUGCACUUGAGAAGUCAGCAUGGCAGUCAGCCCAUGUGGAAAAAGAAAAAUUUGGUCCGCGUCCGCAGCAAGUCGUUGCAGUCCAACCGGACAACAUUGUGGAAGACCCGGCAGCCACCCCAGCAUCACGUGAGGGAGAUCAGGUGGCCGCUGUCCAGCCACGAAGCAACAACAACUUCCGAGGAAAAGGGAGAGCGAAAACCGCAUCGCCGGCCGAAAAUGGACAGCCAGUACUAUGGGUGAAGUUCAACUUGACCGAGGCCGAAUAUAAGUACCGCAACCGAUACGGCUGGUGCUAUUGGUGCAACAACACCAAGCACAAGACCUCCCAAUGCCAAGAUCAAGUACCAGCUCUGUUGAUGAACGCCGGAGUAGAGGUUCUUGACCUUCACGACUACGUUGCAAACAUUGACCGUGCACAACGCUGUCACGUGGUGUCCGCCACAAACAUUCGAGCUUCUAUCACCAGGGACGACAUCGAGGAGAUGGGGGUGUGUUUUCUCCAUGGCAUUGCCCUCCCUCCCCAUGACAUCCCAUCGACGGACGCAUCAACGGACCAAGACGACAUGGAGGAGAUGGGGGUGUGUUUUUUCCAUAGCAUUGCCCUCCCACCCCAUGACAUCCCAUCGACGGACGCAUCAACGGACCAACGCAUCACCGAGCUUCUCAACGCCUACGGCGACGUGUUCGAAGCCCCGUACGGAGUAGUACCGGAUCGGCCCAUCCGCCACGAGAUCAUCCUCGAGGCCACGACCGUACCUCCACGUGGUUGCAUCUACCGCAUGAGCGAGGAAGAGUUAAGUGUGCUACGGGCACAACUCGACAACCUUAUUGAGAAAGGCUGGAUUCGGCCUAGCUCUUCACCAUACGGCGUUCCCGUUCUCUUCGUCCGAAAGAAGAACAAGGACUUGCGGUUGUGCAUCGAUUAUGGGAGCAGGAUGAACCAUUGCCAGUCGGAGCAUGAGCCCCUUGAGCACUUCCAGACGCCGCUUGAAGAUCGCUUGUUGCGGCAUCAGUUCAAUGAGGAAAGGCAGUUGCGAUACGACAUUCAGCAGGUGAACGUGCCAGCGCCCGGGGUUGUUGAUCUGGCGGCAUACUCGUUACUUUGUGAGCGGAUGACGUAUGCGGGGGUGUACAUGGAUGUGACGGAGUUGCCUGGGCGGGAGACGACUCGAGUGUUCAUAGAGUUCCGCGCGCUCCAGGUGGCACCUAACUUCGUGCAUAGCGUCGCCACCUUUAUCGGAGACCUGACGAUCCUGCCGCAGCCGAAUCGGGAGCCGGCGCGAAGCUUUGUGCGCGAAUACGCGGUGCAGGCGGCGAGAUCAGUGGCCAGAGUGCAAGGACGGGGAGGACACCGAUUCACAGCCCACGAAGCGCUGUUACUCAGGGCAGAGGACGGACCAAUUGCGUUGGUGCCACAGCUCCCCGCGCUUCUUCCUCCCGCCGCCCCUCUCAACAUCCAAGCUAUUCCCCCCGCCUCGUACUAAAUGCCUCCCUUUUUCUCUUACACCACUCUCCCCUAUCAACUCACGGAGGGCCCUUAUCCUAUGCGCGAGUUCUCAGAGCAUU